UCCCCUCCUCCUUCUUCCAACUGCUAACUAGUGACAGGAGUCUGGAGACGAGCUAGCACCAUGGCUGAAUCCCAGAUCCUGUGUCUGAGAGAUGACAAUGUGAAUGAGAAAGUGACCGAAGACAUGGUGCACUUCUAUUACAGUGAGGACCAGAGGAGGUCCCUGCAGCAGCUGAUCGAUAAUGGGGUGCAGGAGUACAGGCACUACAUUAAGCAAUUUGGUCUGCGGGACUUUCUGUCCAGCAGGGAACUGACUGAGUUAAAGCGUUCCUGGGCAGAGUAUGACACGGCCCCCCCUAAGAAGAGCAAGCAAGUGUCCGGGAAACAGGGAGCGGAUACAAAUAGUUCUUUGGAAUACUGGCCACAACUAUCAGACACCGAGAUUCCACCGCUGGACCUGGGCUGGCCCCAGAAUGGCUACUACAGGGGGGCUACCCAGACCCUGGUAUACACCCACCCACCCAAAGAGAAUGCCCCCACCAUAAAGGCAGUGGUACGGGAUAUGAUUCAGAAAGCGAGGAAGGUCAUUGCCAUUGUCAUGGACCUGUUUACAGACCGUGAGGUAUUCAAAGAUGUUCUGAUUGCGGCGGAGAAGCGCAUUGUUCCUGUCUACAUUAUUCUAGGAGAAGAGGGAGUGAAGCAUUUUUUGGAGAUGUGUGAACUGAUGGAUCUCUCCAGCUUUCAGCUUCGGAACAUUCGAGUCAGAUACGUAACAGGGGUGGGGUUUUACUUACCCCGUGGUAAAAUCAAAGGCUCCCUCUCACACAAGUAUGUUAUGGUGGAUGGUGAUAAGGUGGCAUUUGGUUCAUUCAGGUUAACCUGGAGCUCAUUCAGAGUGGAUCGCAACAUAAUGACUUUAAUGACCGGACAAUGCACAGAACCAUUUGAUAUAGAGUUUAGAGAGCUCUAUGCCAUCUCAGAAGAAGUAAAUCUAUACAAAGAGCUGUCUAUUCCUGACAUUCGACCAAGUCCAAGGAUGGGUGCCAGAGAACGUUCCUCCACUGUUGCCCGCAAACUCAUAAACCCCAAGUACUCUCUUGUGGUGGGAAGGAGUGUUGCGCCUGGUGAAAUGUUAAGAUUUGGAACACCAAAUCCCCCAAGUGCAGACGAGAAUGGUGAAAGUGAGAGCAAAAAGAGAAUGGACAAAUUCUUGGAAGAUUUGAUUACUAUAGAACAGGAAUUACCAGAGAUUGUUAAAUUGGAUGACCUUCCAAAAGCAACCUCAAUCUCUUCCACCAAGAAAAAAGAUAUUUUUAAAAGUGGGGAAGUCCCGGGGCCCAAUAAGCCCUUCAAAAGAUUUAGUAAAUUUUUUAAUUCAAAGAGGCAGCAGAACACUGCUCAGGACACGGUAGUUGAAGAUGACUUUGUUUUACUUAAUAAACCAAAACCUGAUCCAAACCACAAUAUACGAAGCCACAGUCACCAGGAUUUGAGGGCCUCGGGUAACAUCAGCCCAGUCUCUACAAAAAGUGAGAAGCAAAAACAGCCGGACAGAUGCAUUAUAUCCUAAAGGUUUACAGAUAUCACUCCAAAGACCUUGAAUGUUGAACAGUUAUAUUUAUUCAAACCUGGAAAAAAAAAAUAUAUUAAAACUGUUAAGUUUUUCUUUGUAUUAGGUUAUAAAUUCUCAGGGACGAUGUAAAUAAUAGGAUUGGGGAAAUAUUUGUAUUUUGGGGAUUUUUUUUUACUAUUGUUUUGUUUUUUAUUCAUUAAAAAAAAAUUGUUUCUGCAUAUAUGCCAAAUUGAUGCCACAGUGCCACAUUAAAAGGGAAUAUGUUUUGUAUAUGUCUUUGUAAAUAUGACCACAUUACAUCAGGUAAAAGAAUGUAACCGUGUACAUGCAAGGCUCGAUCCUCUCUUGUUUUGUUUUUUUUCUUUCGUUCCCUAAAUCUAUUUACUUUUAUUAAAGUGGAUCGGUUUAAGGAGUUCACAAUACAUAUAACUGCAACACACAACAUGUGCACUGUGCUAUUGUGACUUGUUGGAAAAUGUAACAACUAUUGUUAUUUGAUGUGUUUUCUGUUUACGUGAAUUCUCAAGUUGGUAUGAAUUAAUAAAAAUAAAUAGGUUUGCUUAUUUCCUUAUAAAAUAUAAUAAUAAUGCAAAUCGUAUUGACUAAGGCCAGGUAUAGCAGAAUCCUUUUAAAACUUCCAAUAGGUAU